CCUUUGGGCUGCGAGGAAAGAACGCGCGCCCUGGAUCGGGUGAAGAAAAGAAGAAAAACUUGUCAAAGGGGUUUUGCCAGCCCACAGUAACCCUUUCCGGCCGACUCAAAGCUCCCGCGGGGGCCCUUCCCAAGACUGGGGAAAGUUCUUUCCCUGCUGACAGCCCUCUCGGAUUCGGAGGCGGAACCUGCGCCUGCUGUGGAUAUCAGAUCUGUUUGGAAGCCAGUGGAGCGCAUCGUGGGGGCUCGGAGAAGUCACCAUCUGCGGACACCCGGGUGGCGCUGCCUGUGCGGAACCCAGAGUUUGUGAGCUCCGGCUGCAAGUGGCCUCUCCUGGCAGUUGUUAUUCUGUGUGUGCGUGCGUGUGUGUGCGUUGAGGGCUGCGAGUGCCGUGGCAAGUUGCAAAAGGAGAUACGCGGAGGUCCAGCGAGGACCCGGCUCCUCGCACUCGCUUUCUUUCUUUUCCCGGCUCCCGGGUGCGAAAUCCCAGCGAAAUUUCCUAAAGGCCUCGGAGUGAGGCUAAGACCAGUUCGCCGCACUCCGCUGGUAGUUCCCGUCCAGCCCCCCGCAGGGAGCACCGGAGCAAAGGGCGCCGGGGAAGGACUGUCCCGGAGGGGAAGGGAGAUCUCGGCAGCAGCAGCGGCAUGGCGCGGUUCCCGAGGGCAGACCUAGCUGCAGCAGGAGUUGUGUUACUUUGCCACUUUUUAAUGGACCGGUUUCAGUUCGCUGAAGCAGAGCCCGGAAACCCAGUCGAUGAUUGGCAAUAUCAUGUGGCACAGAUCUUCCCAGGGAUGGAAGAGGAUGUUGAGGUGGACACACAUGCCUUCAGUCACAGGUGGAAAAGGAACUUGGACUCUCUCAAGGCCGUUGAUACAAACCGAGCAAGUCUGGGUCAAGACUCCCCAGAGCCCAGAGGCUUAACAGAUCUGCUGCUGGACGAUGCGCAGGACAACACCACACAGAUUGAGGAAGACACAGAUCACAAUUAUUAUACAUCUCGGAUAUAUGGUCCAUCGGAUUCUGCCAGUCGGGAUCUAUGGGUCAACAUAGACCAAAUGGAAAAGGACAAAGUGAAGAUUCAUGGAAUACUGUCUAAUACUCAUCGGCAGGCUGCAAGAGUGAAUCUGUCCUUCGAUUUUCCAUUUUAUGGCCAUUUCCUACGUGAAAUCACUGUGGCAACUGGGGGUUUUAUAUACACUGGAGAAGUUGUACAUCGAAUGCUCACAGCCACACAAUAUAUAGCACCUUUAAUGGCAAACUUCGAUCCCAGUGUGUCGAGAAAUUCAACGGUCAGGUAUUUUGAUAAUGGCACAGCACUUGUUGUCCAGUGGGACCAUGUCCAUCUCCAGGAUAAUUACAACCUAGGAAGUUUCACAUUCCAGGCAACCCUCCUCAUGGAUGGUCGCAUCAUCUUUGGAUACAAAGAAAUUCCUAUUUUGGUCACACAGAUAAGUUCGACGAAUCAUCCAGUGAAGGUGGGGCUGUCUGAUGCAUUUGUUGUUGUCCACAGGAUCCAGCAAAUUCCCAAUGUUCGAAGAAGAACUAUUUAUGAAUACCAUCGAGUAGAGUUACAAAUGUCAAAAAUAACCAACAUUUCAGCAGUGGAGAUGACCCCAUUACCUACUUGUCUCCAGUUUAAUAGUUGUGGCCCCUGCAUAUCCUCUCAAAUUGGCUUCAACUGCAGUUGGUGUAGUAAACUUCAAAGAUGUUCCAGUGGAUUUGAUCGUCAUCGGCAGGACUGGGUGGACAGUGGAUGCCCUGAAGAGUCAAAAGAGAAGAUGUGUGAGAGCACAGAGCCAAUGGAAAGUUCUCAAACCACCACCACGGUGCAGGUGACAACCACACAAUUCCGGGUUUUGACAACCACCAGGAGAGCAGCCCCGUCCCAGAUGCCCACCAGCCUGCCCACGGAAGAUGAUACCAAGAUAGCACUACAUCUGAAAGAUAAUGGAGCCUCUACAGAUGACAGUGCAGCCGAAAAGAAGGGGGGCACCCUCCAUGCGGGCCUCAUCGUUGGAAUUCUCAUCCUGGUCCUCAUCAUAGCAGCAGCCAUACUUGUGACUGUCUAUAUGUAUCACCAUCCAACCUCUGCAGCCAGCAUCUUCUUCAUUGAGAGGCGCCCAAGCAGAUGGCCUGCAAUGAAGUUUCGAAGAGGUUCUGGCCACCCUGCCUAUGCUGAAGUUGAACCAGUUGGAGAGAAAGAAGGUUUCAUUGUUUCAGAGCAGUGCUAAAACUCUGAGGACAGAACAGCACCAGUGCUGGCUUACAGGUGUUCAGACUACAAUUUUGCCUAUACAUAAACACACACACACACACACACACACACACACACACACACACACACACACACACAGGAGCCCUAAGCUGCUGUAGCCUGAAGGAGAUGAGAUUUCUGGACAAGCUUAAUGCACCCAGAAAGGGUAAAAGAAAAACUAAAACUUCAACAAGAUACCAUUUACCACUGAACAUAGAAUUCCCUAGUGGAAUGACACUUACGGUUCACCUAGAACAUUCUCCUGGGGACUUACAAGAAGAUCAUAAUGCUAUUGGCUUAGAUGCAGGGUUGCAAAAGGAUGGAGUGGGAGAUGGGGAAAGAGCAACACUAAAGCUUUAGUUCUUGAGGGAUCUACAGCUUUUGGCUCAGACACUCUUCUUUGAUCUCUUAAUGGUAUAACUAUUCCAAAGCCUGAACCCUUUCUCUCAAAAGAGCAAUGAUGAAUGUGUUGAGAUGGCUGAGAAAAAAGAGCUCACGCAGGAGCAAAAGACAAAGUGAGAGAUUUUCUAUCUUAUCACCUGAUGCAUGGCCAACAGAUUUCAUUUUUUUCUGGUCAGAUCUACCUGUUCCAACAAGUCCAUUUCAUGACAAAGACCAAUCUUGACCUGUACAAAGGUGCAAAGGUUAACUCCCUUUUCCGUGUUCACGGGGCCCUAUUCUGAGCUCUGUUGGUUUUUCUAAACUCUCAGCUUGGGGGUAGGAAGAUGGGGAGGUCACAGAGGCUCAGGGCUCAAUGCCUGUGGAUAAAAAUGACUUGACUGGCUGUGGAACAUCGCCUCCUCUCCCUUUCUGCCAAGUCCAAUGAAGCCACAAUUGCUCUGGCUGAGGAAGCAAAUAGAAUCAAUAUGAAGAGUUUCUUUAUUGUUUUUGAAGCAAAAAUACUAAGGAAUUCUUAACAGAAUGGGUUUUUGUGUUUGGUCAAUUUUUUCUUUUUUAUUUUCUUUAAAUCUUUUAAUACUAAAGCCCCAUUUCAUUGUGGAUUCCUGCCUAAGAAGCCAUUCAAGUCAAGCUUUCCCUGGUGAUAAAAAGAAUGAAAGAACCCUGCUGGCUCAUACAGUCAUUUUCUUUAAAGCACAUAGUAGUUACAUAAAUAUAUAUAUAAAUAUAUUUUUGUUUAUAACUAACACAAGGCAGGCUCUUGUGACUCUGAGUGCAUUUUGUCCUCAAGACAAAACCAAUGCAAGCUGCAUUAUUGCAUACUUCCAUAGAGUUGUAAAAUAAUCCUUAAUAUUAGAAUAUUUUUAUGCCACUCAGCAAACAUGGCUCAAUUGGUUGCAGGGUCAAUCACUUUCCUGCCAUUUGAGCCACUCUUUUAUUCAGUCCGAUCCCUUCCCUCCCUGACUAAAUAGUGCAGAUGCAAAAACUCAUUAGCUAGUUGUCAUUUGUCCUGUAAUCGCAACCCAGAUUUUGAAAUGUCCCCAUGAAUGAAGAAAGGGAAAGUAUUCUCUGAGAGGCAAAUAGCUAAUCUUACAGUAAGCUCCUAAAGGUAAAAUCCAGGUACUGUGUGUGUAUAAUUCCAUCAACAUCUCACUAGAUGAGAUUCACAUUCUGUGCCAAGAUGCUGUUGGUUCUUAUAGACACAGUGUCCAAUAUUUGCAGAUUCAGGUAUUAAGAAGCAGCAAUGUCUCCUAAAUAGCACUUUACUAACUGCUUAGCAUCUGUACACAGUGUCUACAUUGAACGACAUUAGUUCACUAACCACAUAUUAUAUUUUAUCUUCACAAUUGUCUGAUGUAAACUCAUGCCAUUCUCCAUCCAUAUAUUUUGCUUUACUUUUUUAAAUACCUGGUGAGGGUGAUCAUUUUUUUCUAAUCUGCCUAGUUAUAAUUGCAAACAAACUGACAAGCAAGAUGAUUGAAGGAUGUGAUGACAAUCUUUCUGCUGUAGCUACGUUCAGUUUAUAGGAAAUACCCCAACUUAUUUGUCAUGAAGUAGGUGUGCUCAGAUAGCAAUAAUCAAAUGACUUGCCAAUCUAUCUGGUGCAACUGGUAUUCUGAAAAGACAUAUGGACAUAUAGACGAUUCCUAUUAGGAUAAGAGGAUGCUACUCUCACUAGCUUUCAUGGUAGGCGUGGCUUCCAAUAGCAGUUUGAUUGACAGUUACAUAAAUCUAUAUAAUUUUCAUAAAUCCUACACAUAUAUCCAACUCCUUACACAAUUCUUUGAAAUAAUCAUGUUAUUUUUACACCCUUCAGAGCUCAACUUCCAUUUAUGAUUCAAAAGAAAUGGAAAUUUUGUUAAAAAUGUAUAACUCUCUGAAUUUUUGCGUGGAUGAAAAUACCUAGUAAGAGAAAGUGUUUUGAAAGGAUAAAGACUGCUGAAUAUGGAGAAAUUUUGUAACCCAACUAGGAGUUAAAGGUAGUAAGUCCCUGUUGUAUAUGAAACUUUUAGUGAUACAGGGGAAAACUGAAUUUGUUGUUUUGGUGAAACUUUUGUACUAUUCUAUAUUUUUGGUUUGUUCUUGGUGCCCAUUUACUACAAAAAGCAAACACACAAAGUUUCUGGAAACUCGAAAUAGCUGCUGACACUUUAGACUUUAUGUAUAUUAAGUAUUAGAAAAACAGCAUCUGUAAUGUUCUUCAUAUGCUAUGACAGGGUAAAGAGAAAAUCAUGAUAACAAUUUAAAAAACUAAAACUUAAGAGCCAAGGAACAUCUAAAAUUCUGGGAAAAUCAGACAAAUGGUGCUACAGAAGAAGUUAGUUAUUUCAUCUGAAUUAUUUGUAAAAAUAUUAAAUAAUUUGAUAAAGUUACUUAAAAAUUAAGAAGACUAUCUAAACCAGUCAGUUGGCAUCAACCCCAGUAUUGGUUUACUUAUGUAAGGUUUGGACUUUAGUUUGAAUUAAAAAAUUGAAAAUUAAGAAUCAAUGAUGCAGUAUAAUUUUACUCCCCGCCCUUGAUCAUUGUAGUUUGAGAUACCUGUACCAUUUGCAAAUCUCCUUCAUAUAUGGCUUCUUAGAACUGUAUUGUCCGAUAUUAUUUCCACCAGCUACGUGUGGCCAUUUAAAUUUUUCAAAUAAAAAUUUUAAAAAUUCAGUUAUUUGGUCACAUGGAUAACAUGUGCCCUGUGACUGCCGUAUUGGACAUCACAGAAUAUUUGCAUCAUCAGGCAGCUUCUCUCAUGCAGGUGCUUGGAGGUGCCUCCUUUGAAUUCCAUCUCCUUAAAGAAGAAGAACAAGAACAAGGAAAAGAGAAGCUUCUAUCAUUCUCAGGCAUAUCUAGGUAUUUUUUGAUCUCAGACAAGUAGCUUGGCAUCAUGAAAAGAGUAUCAGCUAACAGCUUUGAGUCUAUACUCUGUUACUUUGGGAAACUCACUUUAACCUCCAUAAGUCUCAACUUGCAAUUUUGAAAAAUAAAAAUAUUUUUGUCCUGUCUUUCUUGCAAAGUUGUUAUUGUGCAGAUUGCCUGAAGGUGCGCAAGUCUGGCUGUCCCCGGGUCUCACCCCUGGACAGUACUUCUCUUGCUCUGGAAGUAGCACAUGUUUGUACUCAGAAGAAGCAAAGUCUGCCAGCUUAAAAGUACUGAGACAUCAUCAAAUCAAUACAUGUCUUGAAAAAAAUGCCAAAAGAGAAUACACUUAAAAUAGCAUAAUUAUUCAAAUUUCUGUCUUCCCCCAACUCAAUGUCUUUUU